AUGUAUGAUGCAGCCUGCACUGUUAUUGAUGAAGGGGCUACUUAUUCUCAAAGAGGUGAUGCUUCUGCUGCUAGUAAAAUGCUAUCAUCAUUUGAAUUUAUUUUCAUACUACACUUGAUGUUUAAGAUCAUGGGAAUCACUAAUAUUCUUUGUCAAGCAUUGCAAUCACGCUCUCAAGACAUUUUAAAUGCAAUGCAUCUUGUUUCUACUUCAAAAGUACUUCUUCAACAACUAAGAAAUGAUGGAUGGUCUGAUUUGUUAGAAAAUGUGAAAUUGUUUUGUCUAAAACAUGAGAUAGAGAUUCCUGACAUGAGUGCACAAUAUGUCUUGGGAAGAGGUCAAUCCCGUCAAACAAAUGUAACUAUGGUGCAUCACUAUAGGAUUGAUAUUUUCUUGGUUGUGAUAGAUUCUCAGAUGAAGGAAUUAAAUUUGAGAUUUAAUGAACAAAACGUGGAACUUCUACGUUUAAGUACAACUUUGGAUCCUAGCAACAAUUACAAGGAAUUCAACAUUGAUAAUAUUUGCAGGUUAGCAGAGACUUACUAUUCUAAUGAUUUCACUGAGCAAGAAAGACUUCAUCUUAGGUUGCAAUUAAGUCAUUACAUUGUUGAUAUACCUCAGUCUUUUCAAAAUAUAACAACACUCUCUGAGUUGUGCAAAAAAUUAGUAGAAUCUUAG